AGCUCUGGGUCUACCCGAUCAAGUCCUGCAGGGGGGUGGCGGUGCCCGAGGCCGAGGUCACGGCGCUGGGGCUGCGCGUGGGACACCUGCGCGACAGGUUCUGGAUGGUGGUGAAGGAGGAUGGACACAUGAUCACCGCCCGGCAGGAGCCGCGCCUUGUGCUGGUCUCUGUCACCUCGGAGAACGGCUCCCUGGUGCUCAGGGCGCCCGGCAUGGACCAGCUGCUGCUGCCCUGCAAGCUGCCUUCCUCAAACAGGCUCCAUGAUUGCAGGCUGUUUGGCCUCGACAUCAAAGGCAGGGACUGUGGCAACGAGGUGGCACAGUGGUUCACCAGCUUCCUGAAGUCGGAAGCCUACAGGCUGGUGCAGUUUGAGACUGGCAUGAAGGGGCGGACAUCCAAGGAGAUCUUCCCCAAAGUGAAGGAUUUCAGAUACCAGGUGCCCUAUCCCGACGCCAGCCCCGUCCUGCUCCAAACCGAGGCCUCGCUGGUGGACCUGAACACCCGGCUGGAGAAGAAGGUGAAGAUGGAAUACUUCCGGCCCAACAUCGUGGUGAGCGGCUGCGACGCCUUCGAGGAGGACUCCUGGGAGGACCUGGUCAUCGGGGAUGUGGAGCUGAAGAGGGUCCUAUCAUGCCCCAGGUGCAUCUUGACCACCGUGGACCCCGACACAGGCAUCAUUGACCGGAAGGAGCCGCUGCAGACGCUGAAGAGCUACCGCCUGUGUGACCCCUCUGUGAAGCAUUUGUACCAGUCAUCCCCACUUUUUGGGGUCUAUUUUACGGUGGAAAAGAUUGGAGUCCUGAGAGUUGGGGACCCCGUGUAUAAGCUGGUGGACUGAUGGCCCGCUGGGGUGACAGUCAGAGAGGAGGCGCUGAUGAAGAUCUCACUGAGUAGUGAGAAAGAAGUAUCACUCGCCACGGACGCCUCCUCCCUGCACUGAGGCUGCUUCUGACCCUGCAAAGCUGCAUGAGCUCGGGUUAACGCAAGGGAAGGGUGUGAGGUGAUGUGGGGUAGGGAGGUGUACGAAUUUUGAUAGCAAAGGCUUUUUAGAUUAACAAAAUUAUCUAUAAAAUUAUUGUGUUAAUCACAGCUAUUACAUGUUGCCAGUCCCUGACUUUAUACUGAUGAACAAAGGUUAAAGCGUUAACUAAAAUUUAAAAAAUACGUUUAUACACUGUUGUUUUAAGAAAGAGGUGAAGCAACAAGUCCCCGUUGCCCACUUUCCAUGUUAACAGACGCCCAGGUCCGGGCCUGGCUGCCGCCGCCUCCCUCCCUGCAGUGUGGAACCAGGCUGAUGCUGCGGGCGGGCGUUGCUGUGUAGACGCUUUUUUAUUUCAUUUCUGCCUCUGUUAACUCAUACAAAAUAGUCGUGUCUGUCGAUACAUCACCUGGAAUUCCAAGUAGGAAAAGGCAAAGAACGGCAUUUAAAAGAUAAAGGAAUUUGGAGAAAGGAAGGGACGCAAGAAAGUAUGAGCGUGUCAUUAAGCGCAUUUUUAAAACUGAGAGAAAUGAGCUGUCUUCAAAUGCUUAAGCUCUCGUCCUCGAUGCCCUAACAGGUGACUGGAUGAACCUGCUCUCGCGCUGUGGUGUCUUUGUUUCAAUAAACACGGGUCUCAGCUCUG